CAUUUCUUCCAAGCCCUCAUCAACCUCACCUCUCCCCCUCCCACCCUCUAGCUUCUUCAUCAAAUCACCAAUCCACCCACACCAACAUCAAGAUCAACCCUAAAAUAUAGAUACAUAGAUAGAUCACCACCUCCUUCGCACACCAAACCCUAUCUCUCACCUUUCUUUCUCCAUUGUUGCACCUUCUUUUUCUUACUCUGUAGUUUAGCUGAGCAGCCGAUACAACGUCAUGGCGUCCACCAGCGACAGCCUCCCUAGCUCGCCGUCGCUCCCCGCCACGGCCGGCCUCGACUCCGGCGCCGACCAGGAAUUCACCUCGCACCACCACGGCCACGGCCUCUUCCUGCCCUCCUCCUCUUCCUCCUACCUUGAUUCCCCCUUCCACGGCCUCCUCCCCAGCUCGCCCUCCGCCGCCGUCAUGUCCCCCUCGCAGGGGGCGGCGCCGCCGCCGCACCCUCCGCCUCCGGCUCCGUCGUCCAAGCCGCCCAAGAAACGCCCGAGGGCGUCGCGCCGCCCGCCCACCACGGUGCUCACCACCGACACCUCCAACUUCCGCGCCAUGGUGCAGGAGUUCACCGGCUUCCCGGCCCCGCCCUUCGUCGCCGCGCCGCCGCCAAGCGUCCGCCCACGCCUCCUGGGCGGCGGCGUCGGUGGCACCUCCGCCGUCCUCCCGCCCUUCUUGCUCCGCCCCUCCCCACUCAAGUACACGCACAGCCCCGCGCCGCCGCUGCCCAGCGGCCUCCUCGGCAACGCGCCAGGCCCAGGCGCCGCCGCCGUCACCAGCACGAGCUCCCUGGUGGACGCGCUCGCGCUGUUCGCCAAGAGCAACGUCAUGGCCGGCGGCGCGGCGCCACCAACCGCCGCCACCGCCUCGUCCGGCGCCGGAUCAGGCGCCGCCGAUCAGUACCACCACCACCACCACCACGGCGGCAUGAUGGGCGGGCUGUUCAACCCGUUCGACGACUACGAUGCUGCGGCCGCCGCCGCCGAAGGCGACAAGGUGCACGGCGGGGCCGGCGCCACCGGCCAUGGCGGCUUCUUCUCCCCCUUGGGCGCCGGCGACAAGUACGACGACCGGCACUAGCCCCACCACGACGCACGCCGCGUCGCCGCGUGUACGUAUCUCCCCCUCUCUCUCUCCCACUAUACCUCUGCGUCUGCGUGUGUGUAGAGAGAGAGAGAGAGAGAAGCAUAGCUAAGCUAGCUCUAGCAAAAUGAAGCUGAUGACGAAGCUUCUACUACUUGGCCACUGCAACUGUUUGGCAUUUGUUGUGAGAUUCACUUAAUUUUUCUUGUUUGGUUUUGAGAUGAUGAUGAUCCGACGCAUGUACAUAAAUUUAUUUAAUUUGGAUCUUCUUUGUUUUGCUUCCUCCAAACGCUUUGAUUAAUUUUUGUAUGUUUUUUUUUCUAAUUAAGUGGUCAAAAAUGUUUGGUGCAAUUAUGUUCAUUUGAAUUAAACGGGAUUAAUUAAGCUAGCAAGCAAAGCAGGCUAGGUUCGAUCGAUGCAUGCAUUGCACUGAUCUAUCGAGCGUUUCAAAGAUUACUCGUAGAAAAUAUUCAGACUUUGGAAAGGCACAUAUUGUGUUCGGUUUCCAUCGCUAGCGAGAGCUUAGCUAGCUAACAAGAGUGUACGUCCUUUUCGAGAUGAGAUGAAACCAUAUCCAACUCCUCCUUUAGUUUCUUCCCUUCCAUUUCUAUCGGUUUUUUUUUUUUGGAUGGAUGUAUGCACGCCGUACCUUCUGUGAAAGGUACGGUUAUUGUUAGCCAAGAUUAAUUUGUGCUUUGUCUUGGCUAUUAUUCUAAUUUUAUCUCACACACAGUUCAUUGGCUCAUGAGACAUGUGUAUUUGUUGCUACGUGCAAGUUGCAAUUAAUUCAUGUGUAAACUGUU